UCCAUCUUCGAAUCGAGCUGAUUAUUAACGAUCCAUUUCCCUGAUCCAUUAUUAACGAUCCAUUUCCUCUGAUCCAGUAAUUAUUUUGCAAAGGUUCAGACUGUGGACUCUUUGAAGAGUGCUUAUUCUUUUUAAAACCAGAGCAGAAAAAGAUUCAAACAACAGUUCUUCAUCUACACAGUAAUUUGUUGUAUCGAUAGCUCUGGGGCAGCUGCCUGAGAUGUUCUGUUCUUCGGAGCAAUUUAAUGGGAUUUCUCCAUGUUCGCAAUUUCGCAGCAAAUUCAGGAAGAAACAGAGAGAGGCGGCUCUUUUUACUUCUCAGAGUUCGUCUUCGCACCUGCCAAUUUUCUGCAGCAUCAUCAUUCAUUGUUGAAUCUGGGAAAGGAACCUCAGAGGAUUUCUACGCUACCCAUUUCUCGUAUGUGCACGAGCUACUGAAAUUAUGUGCCGAAAGAAGAUUGCCCAUACAAGGGAAGGCUUGCCAUGCCCAAAUUCUGCUUAUGGGGUUGCAGAAAGACACUUCAACGUCAAACAUUCUUAUCAACAUGUACUCGAAAUGUGGGUUAGUUGACUUUGCCCGCAAGGUGUUUGAUGAAAUGCCCAACCGAAAUUUGGUAUCGUGGAGCACCAUGAUUGGGUCGCUUACACAGAACGGAGAGGAGAAUCAGGCUCUUGGUCUUUUGGUUCAGAUGAAAAGAGAAGGAAUCCCUUUUAGUGAGUUCACCAUUUCGAGUGUUCUUUGUGCCUGUGCGGCAAAAUGUGCUCUCUAUGAAUGCCAGCUGCUCCAUGCCUUUGCUAUUAAGGCCGCGAUGAAUCUGAAUGUUUUUGUUGCAACUGCAUUGCUUGAUGUUUAUGCAAAAUGUGGUUUGAUGAACGAUGCGGCUCGUGUUUUCGAGUCCAUGCCUGAGAGGAGUGCUGUCACGUGGAGUUCGAUGGCGGCGGGGUACGUGCAGAAUGAGCUAUAUGAGGAAGCUUUGGCAUUGUUUCGCAAAGCUCAGGGAAUCGGGUUGAGACAGGACCAGUUUUUUAUGUCAUCUUUGGUUUGUGCUUGUGCUAGAUUGGCAGCCAUGAUUGAAGGGAACCAGGUGAAUGCUUUGCUAUCUAAAUCUGGUUUUUGUUCAAAUAUUUUUGUUGCUUCUUCUCUUAUUGAUAUGUAUGCAAAAUGUGGUGGCAUUGAGGAAGCUUAUAAAGUGUUUCGAGAUGUAGAAGAGAGAAAUGUUGUUUUGUGGAAUGCUAUGAUAUCUGGCCUAUCAAGACACGCUCGUUCGCUUGAGGUGAUGAUUUUAUUCGAGAAAAUGCAGCAGAUGGGCUUGAGUCCAAAUGAUGUAACUUUUGUUUCUGUCUUGUCUGCUUGUGGUCAUAUGGGUUUGGUUGAAAAAGGACAGAAAUAUUUUGACCUGAUGAUAAAAGAGCAUCAUUUGUCACCAAAUGUCCUUCACUAUUCUUGCAUGGUGGACACUCUUAGUCGGGCGGGGCAGACCUUCAAGGCUUAUGAUUUGAUGAGUAAUAUGGCCUUUAAUGCCACUGCUUCUAUGUGGGGUUCCCUUUUGGCUUCUUGUAGGACCCAUGGGAAUCUUGAACUUGCUGAGGUUGCUGCAAGAAAUUUGUUUGAGAUUGAACCACACAAUGCGGGAAACUAUUUGUUGCUGUCGAACAUGUAUGCAGCACACGGGAAGUGGGACGAAGUGGCAAAGGCAAGGAAGCUCCUUAAAGAAAGUGAUGUGAAGAAAGAGAGGGGCAAGAGUUGGAUUGAGAUCAAGGACAAGGUUCACUCGUUUAUGGUUGGAGAGAGGAAUCAUCCUAAGAUUUCUGAAAUUUACUCAAAAUUGAAUGAGUUGAUUGAAGAGUUACAGAAACUUGGUUACAAGGCGGAGACCGAGCACGACCUUCAUCAAGUGGGAGAGAGUAGAAAACAAGUACUUCUGAGGCACCACAGCGAGAAGCUUGCUCUUACUAUGGGGUUACUGUUUUUAUCUCCCAAUGCACCUAUUAGGAUUAUGAAAAACCUUAGAAUAUGUGGAGACUGCCACUCUUUUAUGAAGCUUGCAUCGAGAUUUGUUCGGAGGGAUGUCAUAGUCAGGGACACCAACCGAUUUCACCAUUUUAAGAAUGGGAGUUGUUCUUGCGGGGAUUUUUGGUGAAUUCAGAUUCUUUUGAAGUGCACCUAUUCCUCUUUUAGUUUGUCAAACGUGCAAGUGCAGUAAAAAGCUUUGGAAGUUUAGAGUUUAAACUCUCUCUCCCUAAUGUCAACCUCAAUGCAUUUGAUCAUCCAAACUCAUCCUUGAAGAUUGACCCCUGCCACCAGUUUCUUGCUCAUAGCACGACGAAAUUCUCAGAUUGUGGUCCGACAUGCUGCGUCGAUGGCUCGAUAUGACCAGCUCUACUAACUUUUAUGUACCAUCCAGUUUGCAACCCCUACUACAACCACUCGCAAGACCUUCGUAACUAAAUUUAUUUUUAUCAUUCAAGCCUUAUGUUUAAGCUACUGCAGGAUUGAUAAGAUGUGGAAAUGGUGAUAAAUCCUACAAGAUUCUUUCCAGAGCAUCUGACUACUUGAUCUGCACUGGGUUUUAAGCUCACCAGAUCCCACUUUCAGUCAAGACUGGUUGGGGCUCUAGAAAGGAAGAAUUUACAUCGAUCACGAUGCGAGCACAAGGACAUAUUGUCAUUUGUAAAUGCACUAAGAAGAAGAAAUGAAGCCAAGCCAAACUUUUCCGACUAUUCCCCAUCAAGUACUUGUUGUUCAAUAUCUUGGCUAGUUCCAUCAAGUACUUGUUGUUCAAUAUCUUGGCUAUCAAAAAGUUGAACUAGCAGCUCCUACCCAACCCAAAGUGGAUUGAUGGAGAAGGGAAGGGCAGGUAGAGCCUCACCUGACUGAGAGAAAGCGAAUACGAAUAGCACACCUUGUCUAGUAUAUGUUAGGCUCCGCUUGAAGAGGUGAGUCCAACGUAGAGAAAGACAUUACGUGCUAGCUUAGUUAGCUAGCAUUUUUCAACUGGUUGUUUUGUUACUUGUAGUGGACAUAAAAUGUUCGUCCAUGAAAAUAUUACUUCUCUUACACAAAA